AUGGCGUUCUCAUCGGCUCCAGAACCCCCGAGUGAACUGGGGAGAUACCGUAUCCUGUCCUCUACGGCAGCUGUACGCGUCUCACCUCUCCAACUUGGGGCCAUGUCAAUUGGCGAGGCAUGGAAGGAGGCUAUGGGUUCCAUGGACAAGGGAAACAGCUUCAAGCUUCUUGAUGCUUUCUAUGAGUUGGGCGGCAAUUUCAUCGACACGGCCAACGGCUACCAGAACGAAGACUCGGAGCGUUGGGUCGGCGAAUGGAUGAAGGCCAGGUCCACCGAGGGCAAUGACCGACGGGACGACAUUGUUCUGGCCACGAAAUACACCACACCGUACACCUCGUACAGGGCCGGCCAGUUGCACGCCGUCAACCACUCGGGAAACCAUAAGAAGUCUCUCCACAUCUCGCUCCGUGACUCUCUGAAGAAGCUGCAGACCGACUACAUUGACAUCCUCUAUGUCCAUUGGUGGGACUGGACCACUUCAAUCGAAGAGCUCAUGGAUUCGCUUGAUGCCGUCGUUAAAUCAGGCAAAGUCUUGUACUUGGGCGUCAGCGACACUCCAGCAUACAUUGUUGCAGCAGCCAACACGUACGCCAAAGACCACGGAAAGACGCAGUUUUCCAUCUACCAAGGCCGUUAUAACAUCAUCAUCCGUGACAUGGAACGUGAAAUCAUCCCCAUGUGCCGACACUUUGGCAUGGCCAUUGCACCCUGGGACGCAAUGGGCGGAGGCAUGUUCCAAAGCAAGAAGCAGCUCGAAGAACGUCGCAAGAACAACGAAAGCUUGCGCUCAUUAAUGGGAAAUGGCGAACAAGGCGAAAGCGAGGCCAGGAUCUCUGCCGCUCUCGAAGAAGUAGGCGAGGAGCACGGCGGCGUUGGUCCUCAAGCCAUUGCUCUGGCAUACGUUAUGGCAAAGACGCCCAACGUCUUCCCAAUCGUGGGAGGCCGGAAGGUAGAGCACCUGAAGAGUAAUGUGCAGAGCUUGAGCAUCAAGCUCAGUGAGGAGCAGAUCAAGAAGCUGGAGAGCAUCGUGCCGUUCGAGCCGGGAUUCCCAAACAGCCUUAUACACGAAGACCCGCAUAUCAGCGGCAAGGCAAGCUGGAUCCUUAAGCGCACCGCUCAGGUCGCUUUUGUGAAGGCUUCGAAGCCCAUUGGUUACGAAUGA